AUGCUUACAGCGAUAAUCGACUGGCAGUCAUCGAGCAUAAAGCCAGCAUUCUGGUACAUGCACGAGACACCUGAUUUUGCCCGCAAAAUCCCCGAUCCUUCCGAUGAAGACAAAUUCGAGCCCGAGAGCGAGAGGCGCACCAAAGCCUUCAGUUUACUGGUUCGCUCGCUCCUUCCACCCGCAGUGUUAGCGCCUCUGGAAAUAGACGAGGCCUACUUUCGGCCUUUUAUCCCUGAAGAGUGCGCCGUACAUUUUGAAAGCUUCAAAAAGUUUGAGCGGGAUUACAAGGCCAAGAAGUUCCUCGCAGGUAUGCUAAACGUGGGGCUUGAUGGGUGGGUGCCUCCAGAAGAGUUUGAGGCAUUGAAGCAGGCGAACAAGGAGUUGUUUGCUACGAUAGUAGAGGAUAGUCGAGGUGCGGAAGGGUCUGAGAAUGUGGAGGCUGAGAUUAGGGAUUUUUGGCUUUUUGAUCUGGAGGACUAA